AUGGGGGCUUUUUCAGUUAAGCACUCGCAGAUCUGUUCGCAUUUAUUCGGCGUCUUGGUGAUUGUGGGGUUUCUAUUCUGUGCGGCCGCCGGUAACCAGUGUAGCCAUGGACACGACGGCCAUCAUCAUAACCACCAUCAUCAUGAUGUGCACGAUGAGGAUUUAGGAUCGAUCAAGAAAAAUGAACGGCAGCGAUCCCUUCUUCCUGAGGAAAUUGCUGAAGAGGAAGAUCUGAAGAUGAUGUGGGCCCAGGAUGAUAAUCAUGUCCACGACUUUGGGCAUGGACAUAAUGGGCAUAAGCAUGAUGUGGACCUUUCUGGGCUUGGCCUGUGGAUCCAUGCCAUGGCUUGCUCGCUAUUGGUUAGCUUUGCUUCCCUUAUUUGCCUGAUUUUGUUGCCUCUAAUAUUUAUACAGGGGAAGCCAUCAAAGGCAAUUGUUGAUUCAUUAGCUCUAUUUGGGGCUGGAGCCAUGCUGGGUGAUGCUUUUCUUCAUCAGUUGCCACAUGCUUUUGGUGGCGAGCACUCCCAUUCACAUGAUCAUCAUGAUCAUCACAAUCACCAGCAUGCUAAUUUUGGACCCUCACAUUCACAUUCCUUGAAAGAUCUUUCUAUUGGUUUGUCAAUCUUGGCUGGAAUUGUAGUGUUUCUCAUUGUAGAGAAACUUGUGAGAUAUGUGGAGGAGUUUUCUGGAGGAGAAAGUGCUUGGGGCCUUGGACACCACCACCACCAUCAUAAACACACCAAUAAAUCAAGUGAAGAAGAUCAUGCAUGUGAAAAUAAUCAAAUAGUAUCGCAUGAAGAGAAGAAAGAAUGUUUUUCAUCAGAUAAGAAAUAUGAAGAGAAAGAAUUGGAUGGACCUGCUGAGACUUCCUCCAUUGAUAAAACAAGUGAAAAAGAUUCAUUGAGGAAGAGAACUACUGGCAGUAAUGUUUCUAAAAACGGAACCAUUUCAUGUGCUGAAAGCAUCUCCAAUAGUAACAUUGCGUCUAUUCAUACUGAAGAAUCUGGCAAGUCCCGUUCAAGUUUGGUGUUUGGUUAUCUCAACCUAUUCUCGGAUGGAGUGCAUAAUUUUACUGAUGGGAUGGCAUUGGGAAGUGCUUUCCUCCUUUAUGGUUCAGUUGGUGGUUGGUCGAGGACUCUGUUUCUACUUGCUCACGAGCUUCCUCAAGAGAUUGGUGAUUUUGGAAUUUUGGUGAGAUCUGGUUUCAGUGUCUCCAAAGCCCUUUUCUUUAACUUUCUAUCAGCACUUGUAGCAUUAGCUGGGACGGCACUGGCUUUAAUGUGGGGAAAAGAUCCCGGGCAGUCGUCUUUGAUUGAGGGCUUUACUGCUGGUGGGUUUAUCUACAUUGCACUUGGGGUGUUGGGUGAGACGAGCAAUGGAGUUUCUAGUAUCAGAAAUACAGCUAUGCAAUUAAUCUCGUUGGCUUCGGGUAUCGCUGUUGCCCUCUGUAUAUCGCUUGUAGAAUGA